AUGGUUCGGUCUCUGGCAUCUAGCGACAGCCCACCUUCAUACUCUGAAGGUUCAGACAGUGAAGACGGGUCAGAGUCACCAACAACUGCAGCUGCAAGGGAGCGGGCGGCCCGGGAGCGAGUUGAGCGCCACUGGAGAAAUCUUCAGAGUUGGAACAGACGCCGCCUCGUGGCAACGCUGUGCGAGCAGGCUUACGCGGAGCAGCUGGCCACCACGGAAUGCUCAGUCCGACAGGUUGCUGGCAGGCUCAGUGCUUUCAAAAGGCGCUGCAAUGGAAGGGACGCCGAUGGGUUGGUGGAGUUUACCUUGCCCCAGCUGGAGCCUCCACGGUCUGAUAACCUCAGACAUGACGUCGCUACAGUGCUCCGACUGUAUGACGGCCAAAUCCCGCCUAACGACCGGGCCUGGAUUCUGUCAGAGCAGGUGGGGAGACUCGAGGAUCCCGGGCGCAAGAUGGUGGAGCAACAAUUCGAGCUCCUACUUCAGCGCAGUCUUGCGCCCCAGCUCCGAACAACAGCUGCGCAGGAGUUCGUGCACAGGGCAAUUGCCAACGCGGGAGGCAGCCUGUAUCGUGACUUUAUGCUACUGCUGUGGCCGCUAUUGUCCACACCGGACCGCUUCCGUUUUCAGCAAUGGUACCAAAGCAGGCACCAGGCUGAGCCAGACGAGCCAAGAGAGGCCAUUGGGACAGCCGAAGACGAAGAUGAGAACAUGGACCGUGUCCUAUGCUUCCCCGAGCGCUGGCACGACACGUUCAUGGCAUAUGACAAGCUUCCGAGACCGACGCUAGAGCGGGCACUGAUACGAGUCAAUGCCCCACCUGACUUAAUUUCCCUCAUACUGUACAUUCAUGACAACGCCAAGCUCAUUCUGGAGAAGCAUGGACAUGAAGAGAAGAUUUCACUAGGCAGAGGAAUUCGUCAGGGUUGCGGCCUCUCUCCGCUGUUGUGGCUGGCUUUUACCAUUCUAUUGCAGGAUCAGUUUCAGUCCUUUCUGCCUAAGAAUGUUACAACUGGCUACGCAGACGAUUAUGAGAUGCAAUGGGAGUUCGAGCAUGCCAGUGAGUUUCGAAAUGCCUGCGUGCAGGUAGAGAUGCGGCAGACCUACAGAAACAUUACACGAGGCGUCAUCAAGGAGGUAUCCCUGCACCGCCUAAUGAAGACCUGCCACUUCUGCAAAGACCGGAACUGCAAAGAUUGGCACAACAACAGCAAGUGGACCGCCUCCAGCUCAAGCUUCAAGAUGUCUUUGACGGACGCUCAGGAGGCAGAGCUGCAGAAUGCCCAGAGCGAGCUGGCUCAGUUUGCCUCCAACAUGAAGAAGGAGGUAUCGACAGCAGCGCCCUCUGUAGCAAGCCAGGCGAGCCAGGAGGAAGGCGAAAUGGAUGUGGACCGCUCCAGGGAGAAGAGAGCGGAGGCCACAUCGUCGGCCCCGGAAGAGCCACCGCAAAAGUGGGCGAAAGGGGAAGCAAAAGGCGAGACCCGCCAGGAGGAGGCAACGACGACAGGGAAGGGAGGUACAGCACCGACACAGCGGAGCCCCCCUCGAGCCAGGGACAAGGGGCCGGAAGCUCCGGGCAGAGUUUGGCGGCAAGAUCAGAACCGCCAAGGGUACCAAAGCUGGAACAGGAACCAGGGCAACCGCUACUGGGGGCAAGAUCGCCAGCAGGGGGGAGCGCGUGGCUCCAGGAACUCCGACAGCGCAGUCAAAGACUUAGUCAGGGCAGUCGCCCGGCUAAGCCUAAGGCAAGAAGAUCAGCAAGCCAUAGCGGGCCUGGACACAGACUUCGUCUUUUUCCUCCAAUCCAGCAAGACGGGCAACCCCAGAUCCGUGACGGAUGCCUUGUACAAGACGGCCCAAGACUGGAACACCCAGAAGGAGCGCGAACCGAGUUCCCUCACCCAACCAAUGCGCAAUGUGUUGCUUUAUUGCCUUUUAAGCACACUUCUGGAGAGGGUCGAGAUACUCGAGACGGACUCCCAGGAGCUGGACAAAGUCCGGGAGCAAGGGCUGGUGAUCGGGGAGGCCUACCCAUACCUCCAAUGGGACUCCACGCUCAAGAAACAUGUACCGUCCCAGACGGAGCCGCUGGAUCACAAAACAGCCGUCGAGAUGAUCAAGAUGGCCCUCCGCCUGUCCGCCUUUCCUGGAGUAGUCGGCAGGUUUCAUGCACUAAGGAACCGCAACGAGAAGACCCCCGCGGAGGUGAUACCAUUCAGCCUCCAGGUGCAAAACCGCACCCAAGAGAGCCACCAGAUGUGGGUCUGCAUGAACCGCCUCUCCCGGUGCAGCUGCUGGCAUCUUCUUGCCGGGACCAUGAGACCGGGCAAGCUCGGACGGAGCCCCCUAGCCAAGACGAUCGAGCACCUCCUGCAGGAUUUUUAA